ACCAGUCUGCCUCUUGUUGUUCCUGCAUGUUUUUAUUUACUACAGCAAAUUCGCUGAAAUAAUGUAUGCCUUUUGACAAAGUAGGAGUCUAGCCAGAGUCCAUUAUGCUGUACUUAAAAACGGGUCUAAAUGUGUGCAGAUGCAGUUUUACAGAGAAAUCCUUAUGGAGAAGAGGACUGUCUACUACUGAAUAUCUAUCAAGGACAAACCGUGCCCAUCAAAAGAUCUUGUCACAUAUCCCUCAUGCACAAAUGGGUGCUGUAUUUCUUUCACAAUUCCUAUAUUGUCCAGCUGCCUUCAUAAGAUGUGGUGGCGUAAGAGGGCUGUUCGGAGGAGGCCGUGGUAACAUUGGCCAGCAGACUCUGGAGGACAUUGCAGAAAAUAUCAGAGAACGCAAGUUCAAAAGAAUUGUGGUGAUGGCAGGGGCGGGUAUCAGCACACCCAGUGGAAUCCCAGACUUCAGAACGCCUGGCAGCGGUCUUUAUGACAACCUUCAACAGUACAAUCUGCCCUAUGCUGAGGCCAUAUUUGAAAUAAAUUACUUUCAUCACAAUCCAAACCCUUUUUUUGCUCUUGCCAAAGAGCUUUAUCCUGGUAAUUACCAACCCAAUCUGACACACUACUUCAUUCGCCUGCUUCAUGAUAAGGGACAACUACUCAGGAUGUACACGCAAAACAUUGAUGGACUCGAGCGAAUGGCUGGUAUUCCCCCAAAGAUGUUGGUGGAGGCACAUGGAACAUUUGCCACGGCCACAUGCACGGUUUGCCGAAGGGAUUACGAGGGAGAGGAACUCAGGAAUGAUAUCAUGGAAGGAACAAUACCCAAAUGCCCUACUUGUAAAGGAAUCAUCAAGCCUGACAUUGUGUUCUUUGGUGAGGAGCUCCCUCAGCAAUUCUUCACCUACCUUACAGACUUCCCGAUAGCAGACUUACUCAUUGUCAUGGGAACAUCUCUAGAGGUGGAGCCCUUCGCCAGCUUGGCUGGUGCCGUGCAUGGUUCAGUGUCACGGCUUUUGAUAAAUCGAGAUCUUGUGGGGCCGUUUGCUUGGGGGUCCCAACGUCACAAUGACGUGGCUGAUCUGGGUGACGUAGUUAGUGGGGUAAAAAAGCUGGUGGAGCUCCUUGGAUGGAAGCAGGAAUUAGAAGCCCUAAUGAAUGUUGGCGGAGACAAGACUUCAGUGAACAAGGAGGAGUGAGCAACCAAAUUUCAUCCUGACAUGGGAUCUGAAGAUCCAGAAUGGGAUUGAUUGUUUGGAAAGCCCAGUCAUUGCCUCAGUAGUGAGCAUGCACUAGAGGAACAGAGUUUCAUUUGUUGAAAAGGUGUACUUGAAUAUAGUGGGUUGAGCAUGAAGAUCAAGAACUAAAUAACUAGGUCACCUCUACAUACUGCAGGUAAUGUGGUAAAAUAAUGAAUACAGUAAUGUACUGUAGCUUAAAGAUGCAAAACAAGAAUUUAAUCUCUGUUUGUUUAGCUGGCUGUUAUCCAUCAUCUUAAACAAAUUUUAUGACUGUGGUGAUAUGAUUAAUUUAUUCUGUAACUAAUGGUGGUUCUGAGAUAAAGUGAGUGGCAUUCAGCUGGUCAGUUCAUCUCAAUGAGGUGGCCAGUGUGAGGAAAAACCACCCUGAUGAAUAAUAAAAGCUUUUUCUAGAAUAUGAAUGGAGUCUUUAUCU